CCAGAGAAGACCUUUAAGCUGAUCGGCGCUGCCUUUGAUUCGCUAGCCGCUACGGUGCUCCUUAGCUUUCAGGCAUGCGGGCGGGAAAGGGGCUGGCGGCUUUCGGGAAGUUGAGUCGUGCUGUGGAGAGCAGAUCUAAGAGGCGAGGGAACAGCUCUAAACCUACUCCCUACCAGAAGGGGAUUGCAAGGCAGAAGGGUUCAAAAUAUGGACUAGAGGCACUGGGGAGCCACUGCAGCCUACUUUCCAUAAUUCCGACCCGAAACUUCUGCGACUUGCACUUUAUUCGUGGUUGACUGGGAGUCCCCAUCCCACCUCCACCACGUCACAGAGACUGGACCGGAGAAAAUCCAGUGGAUUGGCCUGCCCUGGUGUGGAUCCGGAGAAAGCGGGUAGACCACUUUUCCUUUUGGGCCAGGCUGAACUUCAGCCCCUCUAGCGACGCGACGACCAACCCCCUGGUUACCACGACAACCGCUGCGUCGACUUUGCCAGAGGAGGGCUCAGAGGCAGUCCUAGGCCCCCUCCUCUAGACAGGCAAGGGGCGGGGCUUCCCUCUGACCGCAAGCUAGUGUAGGGAAUCUGGGAUCCGAGAAGGCGGGUCGUUAAUGUCCCUGGCGGCUCCGGAUUCACUCGGGUCAAAAUCUCUUAUACUACACAAAGGGCCCGCACUGCUAGAGUCCAAAGUCAGGCUUGCGGGACUGAACCCGCAGCUACCCCCAGUCAAGGCCUCGGCCGUAACCCUUUAUUCCACAUACCACCACCUCCGCGCGCGCCAGCCCGCCCCAUCUAGUAUUCUACUCCUUUAAGAGGACGGCUGCAAAGAGUGGACUGUUCCACUGGCGACAUACUGUGGGGGUACUAUCUCAGGCUGGAUGGCUCUCGCGGCUGAGACUCUAGCGGGAAUUCUGAUUCCAAGAAGUAUUAGAUCUCAGAUAGAUGACUAUGUUCCUCUACAGAAGGUCUGGGGGUCCUCGAACUCGAAACGCAGCACUGGAAGAAAGGAAGGCGAACAAACCCUCCCCGCGAGGCCGCCAUGGGUCCACCUCCGAGGCUCGAUUCUUAAAGGGCCCGCUGGUCGCCGCUGGCCUCGGGGCGGAGCCAGCAGAGGCUCGAGCUGGGGCAGUGCUUGGGAGAAGGGCCGGAGCGGGCUUGGCUGGUACCAGGAUGGCGGCGGCCCUGGCGUGGGUCCUGGCGGCGCCUGGUGCGAGUUCCUGAGCUGCUACCAGGCAGGUGACACUUCCUGUAGCCCCCAGCAUGCGGGCAGGACUGGGUCCCAUCAUCACACUGGCCCUGGUGCUGGAGGUAGCAUGGGCCGUGGAACUUAAGCCCACAGUGCCACCCAUCUUCACUGGCCGACCCUUUGUGGUCGCAUGGAAUGUGCCCACACAAGAAUGUGCCCCGCGCCACAAAGUGCCCCUGGACCUUAGGGCCUUCGAUGUGGAGGCCUCACCUAAUGAGGGGUUUGUCAACCAGAACAUCACCACCUUCUACUACGACCGUCUAGGCCUGUAUCCACAUUUCGAUGCAGCUGGGAUGUCUGUGCAUGGUGGUGUGCCUCAGAACGGUAGCCUCUGCGCACACCUGCCCAUGCUGAAGGAAUCUGUGGAGCGCUACAUUCACACCCAGGAGCCUGGGGGGCUGGCGGUCAUUGACUGGGAGGAAUGGAGGCCUGUAUGGGUGCGAAACUGGCAGGAGAAGGAUGUGUACCGGCAGUCUUCACGCCAGCUGGUGACCAGUCGACACCCUGACUGGCCGCCAGACCGAAUAGUAAAGCAGGCACAGUAUGAGUUUGAGUUUGCUGCUCGGCAGUUCAUGUUGAAUACACUACGCUAUGUCAAGGCAGUCAGACCUCAGCACCUCUGGGGCUUCUACCUCUUUCCUGACUGCUAUAAUCAUGAUUAUGUCCAGAACUGGGAGAGCUACACAGGCCGCUGUCCUGAUGUGGAAGUGGCACGCAACGACCAGCUGGCCUGGCUCUGGGCUGAGAGCACCGCUCUCUUUCCCUCUGUGUACCUGGAUGAGACACUGGCUUCCUCCACACACAGCCGCAACUUUGUGAGUUUCCGUGUUCAGGAGGCCCUUCGUGUGGCUCACACCCACCACGCAAACCAUGCCCUCCCAGUGUACGUCUUCACACGCCCCACAUACACCCGAGGACUCACAGGACUGAGUCAGAUGGACCUCAUCUCUACCAUCGGUGAGAGUGCAGCCCUGGGCUCAGCUGGUGUCAUUUUCUGGGGCGACUCAGUGUAUGCUUCAAGUAUGGAGACCUGCCAGUACCUCAAGAAUUACCUAACACAGUGGCUGGUUCCCUACGUAGUCAAUGUGUCCUGGGCCACCCAGUACUGCAGUUGGACCCAGUGCCAUGGCCAUGGACGCUGUGUGCGCCGCAAUCCCAGCGCCAAUACCUUCCUGCACCUCAGUGCCAGCAGCUUCCGGCUAGUGCCUGGCCGUACACCUAAUGAACCCCAGCUUCGACCCGAGGGGAAGCUCAGCGAUGCCGACCUCAACUACCUGCAGACACACUUUCGCUGCCAGUGCUACUUAGGCUGGGGUGGCGAGCAAUGCCAAAGAGACCAUAAGCGGGAAGCUGGAAGUGCCAGGAGAGCUUGGGCUGGGCCCCACCUCAUCAGUCUGCUGACUUUGGUAGCCAUGGCCCUUACCUGAACCUUAUAAAGGAGUCUCCCACCAGGAUAUCACUCCAGCUGGCCUCUGGCACAAGGAUCUGGGCAUGAGGAGCCUGUUGGGGGUAGACAAAUGAAUUUGGCGUGGGCAGAGCCCCCGGGAUGCCUAACAGGCAUCCAUAGCAGCUGUCAUCCCCCUGUUCUAAGGGGGAGAGAAAAAUCCCCCGAGAAGCCCCUCAUCUUGCCAGUGAAGAAGGAGGCUACAGCUAAGCCAGGGAAGGCCUGACUCUACUUCCUUGCUCCUGGAUAGUUUAUAGUUCUGGGGUCUCUUUUGUAAAUUAAAUAUAAAACAACUCUG